AUGGUAUCGACCAAAAACGCGCUAAUCCUGAAGUCAAGCGGGAAUCCAAUGCCCUUCGUCGGUCUAGGGUUAUGGCAAGUACCAAAGGAUAAAGCUGCCGAUGUGGUAUUUAAUGGUUUACAGAUCGGAUAUCGAUUAUUGGACAAUGCUUCCGAUUAUGGUAACGAAAAGGAAGUUGGAGACGGAAUUAAGAAAGCCAUCGAGCACGGAAUCGUCAAGCGUGAGGACAUCUUUGUUACAUCAAAGCUAUGGAACACCAAUCAUAAACGUGAACAUGUACGGCCCGCACUAGAACGUACGCUCAAAGAUCUUGGAUUGGAUUAUUUGGAUCUUUACCUGAUCCAUUUUCCGGUUUCAUUGGAAUACGUUGAUCCGUCAGUUCGCUAUCCCGCCGGAUGGUUUGGAUCUGAUGAAAAUGUAACUGCUAGAGAAACUUGGGAGGCAAUGGAGGAAUUGGUUGAUGCUGGGUUGGUUAAGAACAUAGGACUUUCAAAUUUUAGCGCUGCACUUAUUUAUGAUCUACUUAAAUACGCACGAAUCAGGCCGGCGGUAUUACAAAUCGAACAUCAUCCUUACUUAACUCAAGAGAACCUUAUUAAAUACAUGAAAUCUCAAGAGAUUGCGGUUACAGCGUAUUCAUCUCUUGGUACUUUAAGCUUUCAGGAGUUUGAUGGUGAAUACGGCCAACGGGCAUUGAGGACACCUUCACUGCUUAAGCAAGAUAUCGUAUUGGAGGUUGCCGCUAGUCAUAAGAGGACUCCGGCUCAGGUGUUGCUUCGAUGGUCUGUCCAACGUGGAAUCGCAGUCAUUCCAAAAUCAAAUAAACACGAAAGGUUGGUCGAAAAUAUGAAUAUUUUCGACUUCUCCUUAACGGAGGAGGAAUUACGUCGGAUUUCCUCGUUAGAUCGUAGAUUGAGAUUCAAUGAUCCUGCGGUUUUUGCCGAUCUUCCUAUCUUUGAUUGA